GCGGGGCGAAGCGGGGCGGCUCCGGCCCAGGCCUAGCUUGCGGUGGCAUUAGGACUAUGUCGUGGGCGCGGAGCCACCUGUGCUCGGCUUUAUCCCUGGCAGCUGUUUCUGCGCGUGGUGCAACGACGGAGGGCGCGGCGCGGCGGUGGUUGAGCGCGUGGCCAGCGCCACAGGAGCCGAGCAUGGAGUAUCAGGAUGCUGUGCGGACCCUCAACACCCUGCAAACCAAUGCCAGCUACCUGGAGCAGGUAAAGCGACAACGGAGUGACCCUCAGGCGCAGCUGGAGGCUAUGGAGAUGUACCUGGUCCGGAGUGGACUGCAGGCGGAAGACUUGAACCGGCUAAACAUUAUCCAUGUCACUGGGACCAAAGGAAAGGGCUCCACCUGUGCCUUCACCGAACGGAUCCUGCGGAAUUACGGCCUGAAGACUGGCUUCUUUAGCUCUCCCCACCUGGUGCAGGUGCGUGAGCGGAUUCGAAUCAACGGGAAGCCCAUCAGCCCCGAGCUCUUUACCAAGCACUUCUGGCACCUCUAUAACCAGCUGGAGGAAUUCAAGGAUGACAGCCACGGUUCCAUGCCCUCCUACUUCCGCUUCCUCACGCUCAUGGCCUUCCAUGUCUUCCUCCAGGAGAAGGUGGACCUGGCUGUGGUGGAGGUGGGCAUUGGCGGGGCUUUUGACUGCACCAACAUUAUCAGAAAGCCAGUGGUGUGUGGAGUCUCCUCUCUUGGCAUUGACCACACCAGUCUGCUAGGAGACACGGUGGAGAAAAUAGCAUGGCAGAAAGCGGGCAUCUUUAAGCCUGGUGUCCCUGCCUUCACCGUGCUACAGCCAGAGGGUCCCCUGGGCGUGCUAAGGGAUCGAGCUCAGCAGAUCUCAUGCCCCCUGUACCUGUGUCCGCCAUUGGAAGCUCUGGAGGAGGUUGGACUGCCGUUGAGCCUGGGCCUGGAGGGAGAGCACCAGCGCUCUAAUGCAGCCUUAGCCUUGCAGCUGGCCCACUGUUGGCUGGAGCAGCAGAACCACCACGACAUCCGAGAGCUGAAGGUAUCCAGGCCAAGCAUACGGUGGCAGCUGCCCCUGGCACCCGUGUUCCGCCCUACGCCCCACAUGAGACGUGGGCUUCGGGACACAGUGUGGCCUGGCCGGACACAGAUACUCCGGCGAGGACCCCUUACCUGGUACCUGGAUGGCGCGCAUACCACCAGCAGUGUGCAGGCCUGUGUGCACUGGUACUGCCAGUCAUUGGAGCGCAGCAGACGCACGGAUGGCGGGCCUGAAGUACACAUCUUGCUCUUCAACUCCACCGGUGACAGGGACUCUGCUGCCCUGCUGAAGUUGCUGCAGCCUUGCCAGUUUGACUACGCCGUCUUCUGCCCCAACGUGACAGAGGUCUCAUCUGUAGGAAACGCAGACCAGCAGAACUUCACUGUGACUCUGGACCAGGUGUUGCUCCGCUGCCUCCAACACCAGCAGCAUUGGAACUGCCUGGCCGAGAAACAGGCCAACUCCAACCUCUGGAGCAGCUGCGGCCCAGAACCUGCGGGGCCAGGCUCCCUGCUGCUGGCACCACACCCACCUCAGCCCACAAGCUCCGGCUCCCUUGUUUUCAGCUGCAUCUCCCACGCCCUGCAGUGGAUCAGCCAAGGCCGCGAUCCCAUCUUCCAGCCCCAGAGCCCUCCAAGGAGCCUUCUCAACCACCCCACAGCCAACAGCGGGGCCAGCAUUCUCCGCGAGGCUGCUGCCAUCCAUGUUCUGAUUACAGGAAGCCUGCACCUGGUGGGUGGGGCUCUGAAGCUGCUGGAGCCCUCUAUGUCCCAGUAGCCAAGGACCGUCCCACCCCGGCCUGCUUUUCCACAGACUCAUACUCAGUGCCUUGUGAUUAAUGCUCUCAGAUUCUUUUGGACUGGCCCAGGGUCCUGGGCUCUGGUAGAGUGGAGGGGUGGGAGAGGCUCUGUGCCUCAGCCUUUCCUUCCUCUGGCAGAGACAGCAGGGUCCCAGAGUCUCUACCAUGUAGCAGGCUUUCGGGCCAGCCCAUCUCCCUGCCCACCCUGUUGCCUCCGGACUCAGGUCCAGCUUACUGUUGAAGCUACCUGGGCAGCCUGUGAUCCUGCCCAAGGUUAGACCAGAGACUUCCUCCUCCCUCCCAAUGCCUUCUGGCAAAAGAGAGGGCCCUUGCUCAGGCUUUGGGGGGACUGUGUGUUGCUGGAACUAACUGAAGCUUUCAAACCCUUUUAUUUUUUAUUUUUUGUAAAUAAAUGACAAAACUUUUAAUUGA